AGCGGCAGAGCCGGUUGGACGGAGCGGCAGAGGCGGCUGGACGGAGCGGCAGGCAGCCGGGCAGGGUCUGUCGGUGCCGGCGCAGCUAUGACAUCGCUGGUGAAGAAGAUAAUCAGCACCGCCAAGGCCCCCGCCUCACUGGCACCCUACAGCCAAGCAGUGCUGGUCGAUCGGACCAUGUACAUCUCGGGGCAGAUCGGGAUAGAGCCUUCCACGGGGCAGCUUGUCUCAGGAGGGACAAAGGAAGAAGCUAAGCAGGCUUUAAAAAACAUGGGAGAAAUCCUGAAAGCUGCAGGCUGUGACUAUGGCAAUGUUGUGAAGACCACGGUGUUGAUGGCAGACAUGAAGGACUUCAAUGACAUCAAUGACAUCUACAAACAGUUUUUCAAGGCCAACUUCCCAGCCAGAGCAGCCUAUCAGGUUGCUGCUUUGCCCAAAGGUGCCCGAGUGGAGAUUGAAGCUGUUGCCAUACAGGGGCCCCUGCAAGACGCUUCAGCAUGACUGUAACCGGAGACAUCCUGCCCCAGCAGGGCUGGAUCCCAUCCUUCUCCUCCCUUGCAUCCUCCCCCCACAACUGGCUAGCAGCAGUUCCAAACAGUUGCACUCAGUCAGUCUGCUAGGGAAAGGCUCCUCCUGGGAUUCUCUAAAUCAAGAGCUUGCAGUGAGUUUUCUGCUGGCAGACCCUGAACCCUCUGGAGUUCUGCAGCCACAAGCUGAGCUUGAUUGCAGACCUAGGCCCUUCCCUUGAGGUGCCACUGAAGCAGCUGCUUGGACCAAGGCCUGGCAGGUACACUCUGGCUGCACUGGACAAGGGAAGCUGUGAUGAUUGGUAGUGGUAGGGCUCUAGUAACCCUUUAAAUAGCAACAAUAUGACAGAGCUGGGAGAACAGAACCCUGGAAUGGCUAAGCAAGUUUCACUUCUCUUUGGGGCACUUUCUGGACUGCCUUUAACUCUUUCUCUACAGAAUAGAUUGCUACUGGAACUCUCUAUUUUUCUCCUCUGGAAGCAGUUACUUACAGAAGUUUCAUAUUAACAUUCCAGGAAGAAUCAAACCUUGCUUUGGUGCUCACCUUGGAAAUCAGCUGCUCCAUAGCAGUUCCACUCUUACUGUCUCUGAAUUCAAAACAACACCCAAAAAAAGCCCUCACCAAAAGUCCUGCUUAAAUGAGAAUAAAUCACUGCAGCUGUCAAA